AUGGCCAACAAUGCGGCAUAUAAGAUGCCGCAAGUGAAGACCACGUCUACAUCAUCCAAGACCACCUUCCACUUCGCCGCCGGCCUCUGCUCCGGCCUCACCUCCUCCAUCCUCCUCCAACCCGCCGACCUCCUCAAGACCCGCGUCCAACAGUCCCAACAAACCGCCGCCCUGCUCCCCACCCUCAAAGCCAUCCUCUCCUCCCCCAACCCAAUCCGCGGCCUAUGGCGCGGGACCUUACCCUCCGCGCUCCGCACGGGAUUCGGCUCCGCCCUGUACUUUACCAGUCUAAAUGCCCUCCGACAAGGACUAGCGCAAACCCCAACGACGAGUGCUCUCGCCGCGACCCCCGGAACCGUCGCCUCGUCGUCCGCGCUCCCCAAACUCUCCAACUCGGCGAACCUCACCACCGGCGCCGCCGCGCGGGUAGCGGCCGGCUUCGUCAUGAUGCCCGUCACGGUGCUCAAGGUGCGCUAUGAGUCGGAUUACUACGCCUAUCGCAGCCUGUACGGCGCCGCGCGCGAUAUCGUCCGCACCGAGGGCUUUCGCGGCCUGUUCUCGGGAUUCGGCGCCACGGCGGCCCGCGACGCGCCGUACGCGGGUCUGUACGUUCUGUUCUACGAGCAGUUGAAGCGAAGGUUUGCGUCGGUGGCAGCGGCACGGGAGGGGAACGGGAGCGUCGACCAGCCGCUCGGGUCGUCGUCGUCUUCGUCGAUUAAUUUCGUCUCCGGGGCGUUGGCUGCUGGUUUGGCCACGACGAUCACGAACCCGUUCGAUGCCGUCAAGACCCGGCUGCAGCUGAUGCCUGGGAAGUAUGGGAAUAUGAUGCGCGCGGUGCGCCUGAUGGUCCAUGAGGAUGGGGUGCGCAGUUUGUUCGGUGGUUUGGGGCUCCGCAUCGGUCGGAAGGCGCUGAGCUCGGCGCUGGCGUGGACGGUCUACGAGGAGUUGAUUCUCCGUGCGGAGAAGCAUUGGGCGGCGCAGAGUCAGGGCCAGGCCCAUUCGACCAACCAACUAAGAGCUAAGAGCCUUCAGCCAGGUUUCCAGGACAGCGUUUGGUUUCCAACGAGUCAUGUCAAACAGUUCCCCGCUCACAACAUUCCUAACACCCUCACCGACAACAACCGGGCUAUCAUCGCUCAACUGGCAAGUAACGAGAAGCACAGGAUCGUGUUCCCUCGAAGUCGCGCGCCGGUCGAACAAGACACGCUGCACGGCCCGCUGGCCGUCGGCCAGUCUUUCUCCGGGCAGAUGUACAAUAGUGCCCGGAAGCGGACGGGUCUCGGUGCGGUUGUUGCAAGUCUUCCACAUCUGCAUCUGCUCUUUGUAGCUGCCCGGAGUGGCUUUUUCGCUGCUGUAAUGCGACAUGAAGUCGUGGUGGCUGGCGCCGGAAAGGAAAUAUAG